AACAGUUGGAGAGAGUAAUGGCUUUAGAAACUCUUUCAUCUAAUGAGUUUUCCAACUUCAUUAUCUAUGACACUAUCUCUGCAACACCAUUUAGCAACCAUGACUCUUCAGAGACUAGUUUCUUAUUAGAAGAAAAUAGAGUGAAAUAUCAUGAACGUGACCCUGCAUUUGAUAACAAUGCAUUGGGGACACGAAAACGCAAAGCUGGCGAACCAGAAGCCACUGGCAGGAGGAAGAAGAGAAGAAGAAAGCCAAGGGUGUGCGAGAACAAAGAAGAGGCUGAGACUCAAAGAAUGACCCACAUUACAGUAGAAAGAAAUCGCCGGAAGCAGAUGAAUGAGCAUCUUGCUGUUCUGCGUUCACUCAUGCCUGAAUCCUACGUUCAAAGGGGUGACCAGGCCUCUGUAGUGGGUGGCGCUAUAGAAUUUGUUAAGGAGCUGGAGCACCUCUUGCAGUCCCUUGAGGCUCAAAAGUUGCAGCUUUUACAUCAAGGAGUAGCAAAAACCAGUGAAGAUACGGCCAUUUCCAAAUUCAUGAGACCCCCUUUUGCUCAUUUUUUUGAGCAUCCUCAGUACACAUGGUCCCAGGCUCCUAACAAAUACACAUCUAAAACUAAGGCAGCCAUAGCUGAUAUUGAGGUAACUUUGAUCGAGACCCAUGCAAAUCUUCGAAUUCUCUCGCGGAGAAGCCCCACGAAGUUAUCAAAGUUAGUUGCUGGCUUUCAAACACUCAACCUAACCAUCCUACAUCUCAAUGUCACCACCAUAGACCCCUUAGUACUCUAUUCUAUCAAUGCCAAGGUUGAAGAAGGAUGCCAACUUGGUUCAGUAGAUGACAUUGCAACGGCAGUUCACCACUUGCUUAGAAUGAUUGAUGACGAAGCUUCCCUUUGCUGUUAA